CUUUUCUCUUACAACACCUGUACAAUAAUACUCGUACAAGCAUGACCACCAGUUCCUAGUUUCCAAUUGAGCCUAUGAGAAGUUAGAAAUAUACCUCUCAUUUCUAAUUGUCAGCUUCAUCUUGUGACACACCACUUAGUCCGCGGAAUACGUCCGCUAUCUAUCUCGCUCUCUUUCCCAUCCUCAACCUCAUUGCUCUAACUCAGUACUUAUCGUAUACAAAACUUCACGCUGCUGACCUAGCUAUCUAUAACUGAUACACAUCACCUCCACCAUAACCUCCUCUCUCAAUUCCCCCUCCCCUUCCACCUCAACCUCACCCACCACUCCAACCCAAACCGCAACCAUGCCACCGCCGCCCACCACCCCCAUCCUCAAAGACCUCACCAUCUCCAACAUCACCGAAAACGUCCACCUCAUCAACGCGCAAACCCCCUCCCCGCGCCUCCUCUACAUCCUCGAGCGCCUCGUCACCCACCUCCACGACUUCGCGCGCGAAACCCGCCUCAGCACCCCGGAAUGGAUGGCCGGCAUCGAGUUCCUCACCGCCGUCGGGCAAAAAUGCACCGACGUGCGCCAGGAAUUCAUCCUCCUGUCCGACACUCUCGGCUUGUCCCUCCUCGUCGACGCUAUCUCGCAUCCGAAGCCGCCCGCGAGCACCGAGGGCACGGUGCUGGGCCCGUAUCACACGCACGCUGCGCCGGAUGUGGAGCUCGGGGAGAGUAUCACCGUGGAUCCGGAGGGGGAGAGGUUGCUGUGUGUGUGUAGUGUGAGGGACACAGCGGGCAGGCCGGUGGAGGGGGUCAAGGUGGAUGUGUGGGAGACGGAUUCGAAGGGGGUUUAUGAUGUGCAGUAUGAGGGGUGGACGGGGGAGAAGGCGGACGGGCGGGCGGUGCUGAGGACGGAUGCGGAGGGGAGGUUUUGGUAUCGCGCGAUUGUGCCGGUGCCGUAUAGGAUUCCGGAGGAUGGGCCGGUGGGCAAGAUGUUAAAACUACUCGGGAGACAUCCCUGGCGUCCGAGCCACAUGCACUUCAUGUUCGAGAAGCCGGGCUACGACCACCUCAUCACAGCCCUCUACCUCCGCGGCGACCCCUACGAAACCACCGACGCCGUCUUCGGCGUCAAGGAGUCCCUGAUCGUCGACCUGGGCGUCGUGAGCGCCGAACAAGCGGCACAGUACGGCGUCGAGGAGGGGACCAAGCUGUUGACGUACGACUUCGUGCUCGUGUCGGAGGCGGAGACGAGGCGGUUGCGGGAUGAGGAGGCGAGGAAGGCGAUGAAGGCGCUGGGAAGGGAUGAUAUGUUGAUUAUUGAUGGGUUGCCGGUGCCGGAUGUGGAUUGAAUUGGGGGUGAAGGGUUAAAGUUGCGAAGUGAUGUUGGAUUCGAGGGGUGGGUGAGUAAGAGGGGUUGUGUGUGGUAAGUGCAUAUAAAAAGGACGAAUAUGAGCGAUCU